CCAAAUUGUCGCAGGGAAAUGUCCACUUCUUUUUGCUGUUGUUUUGAUUUAGAUGGCAGGAGAGUCAUGUUUAAAGCCAGCCUUCUCUGCCUCACGGCAGAGUCUCUGGGUGCAUUCCCUUAAGCUCCAAGUUCACUUACUUUACUUUGAAGGUGGGCUGAGCAUCGGAAUGUGACGAAAGAGUGGGCUGUGCCCUCGGUGCGAGGGAGCUCUUCCAUUCCCCUCAAUGACUACAUUUGCUCGUGCAGUACACAGCAGCUGCAACAGUGUGGUGCUCUGGGUCUCCAGCUCUGCCCGGCAGACGGAUCUCCAGCUCGCUGAACAUCUGCAAGCCAAGUUUUUCAUGUUCUCCUGUCUGUGAAUGCUGCCCAACUGCACCAGGAAAAUGGGCACAGGGGAUUAUCUCUGCAUUGCUAUGAGCGGAGGGGCGCCGUGGGGCUUCAGGCUGCAAGGGGGCAAGGAGCAGAAGCAGCCUUUGCAAAUCGCCAAGGUUCGCAGCAAAAGCAAAGCAGCCAAGGCUGGACUGUGUGAGGGGGAUGAGGUGGUGUCUAUCAAUGGCAAGCCUUGUGGAGACCUAACCUAUGCUGAAGUCAUUGUUCUGAUGGAGAGCCUGACUGACGUCCUGCAGAUGCUUAUCAAGAGAUCCUCCAGUGGAAUAAAUGAAACCUUAAAUGCUGAAAGAGAAAAUGGGAAGCACGAGAACAUAAAAAUUGAGGACUAUGGGGAGAACACCACACUGGAAAUGAACACCGAGCAAGAGAUUCCCCAUGGAGAUUUAUGCAUCACAGAGAUUUACAGUGGGACUCACCACGGAGCGGCAGAAAGCAACACACACUUUGCUGAAACAAAACAAGAGACUACACAAAGCCACAGAAUUCCUCCUAAAGUGAUAGGCACCCCCAAAGUGAUCGUGACAGACGAGGCUGGUGUCAGAGGGACGGCAGAAGAAGGGCCAGGUGCUAUGGUUGAGCUGCAGGUGUCCCUCUCAAAUGACGCCCACAAGGCCACCAGUGCUGCUGCUGUGACUCUCUUGGGGGCAGAAAAGUUCCCCCCUUCAGGCAGAGGACCCAGUGCACAACAGGGCGGGAGCAGCCCCCUCAUCGCAGUUCCCCUGGGCGUGAAGGAGGGCAACAUCCAGUGGUCAAACAAAGUAGUCCACUUUUCUAGCAGCAAGGAGGUCAAGAGGAUCCAAGGUGCAGCUCCAUCUAUCCCCAGGGUGGAGGUGAUCCUAGACUGCUCAGACAGGGAGAAGGAAGCGCCCAGGUCUCCGUCUGAAAGGGGGUGUGUUGAUUCUCAAGUAGAAGGAGGGCAGUCAGAAGCACCUCCUUCCCUCCUCUCCUUUGCAAUCUCAGCAGAAGCCACCGUGCAGGGAGAAGACAGCAAGCACUCGGAAAAGGAACACAGACCUCUCAAGCACAGGGCAAGGCACGCAAGGCUCCGACGUAGCGAGAGCCUGUCAGAGAAGCAGGUGAAAGAAGCCAAAUCUAAAUGUAAAAGCAUUGCACUGCUGCUGACAGCAGCUCCCAACCCCAAUUCCAAGGGGGUGUUGAUGUUCAAGAAGCGCCGCCAAAGGGCGAGGAAAUACACUUUAGUCAGCUACGGGACUGGGGAGUUAGAACGUGACGAGGACGAGGAGGAGGAGGGUGAAGGUGAAGAGGGAGACAAGGAAAACACUUUUGAGGUGAGUUUGCUUGCAACGAGUGAGUCGGAAAUAGAUGAAGAUUUUUUCUCUGACAUUGACAAGGACGGCAAGAUCGUGACAUUUGACUGGGACAGUGGUCUGCUCGAGGUGGAAAAGAAGACAAAAAGUGGAGAGGAGAUGCAGACGCUUGCAGACAGCACAGGGAAAGGAGCCCUCAUGUUUGCCAAGAGGCGGCAGAGGAUGGAUCAGAUUACGGCGGAGCAAGAGGAGAUGAAGGCAAGCACAGUGCAGACAGAGGAGCACAGGGAAAGCACCGUGACAGAGAAUUUCCAGAAAGUGAGCUCUUCUGUCUAUCAAUCAAAAGAGGAGGAAAUGUCAAGACAGCAGAGCUGUGUGAGCAAAAGCUACACAGACGUGAAUCACAGCAAAGUGGUACAACAAAAUGGCUUUGGCUUAGCACCUGGCACAAACCUCUCUUUUCAGUCCUCUGGAACUCAAAAGGCAGCAUCUUUGAAUAAAACAGCAAAACCCUUCCCUUCUGGAGUUCAAAACCGAGCAGCUGCACCAUUUUCACCUGUAAGAAAUAUCACCAGUCCCCUUUCAGAUGCAGCAGCACCACCUCCUUACUGCUCUGUCAGCCCACCAGCUGAGGCUUUCUACAGACCUGUCUCAGCUCCAGUGGCCAGCAAGGCUGCCCCACCCGCGUGGGCAGCCACGGAGCCCACGGAACACAUCGCGUCCAGGGAUGAAAGGAUUGCUGUGCCAGCCAAAAGAACUGGGAUACUGCAGGAGGCAAAGAGAAGAAGCACUUCUAAACCUAUGUUCAAUUUCAAAGAUGCACCCAAAGUAAGUCCUAAUCCUGCCCUGUUGUCCCUUGUACACAAUGCAGAGGGCAAAAAAGGGACCGGAGCUGGUUUUGAGUCAGGACCCGAAGAAGACUACCUCAGUUUGGGAGCAGAAGCUUGCAAUUUCAUGCAGACUCCAGCAUCUAAGCAAAAGGCCCCUCCUCCUGUUGCUCCAAAGCCUUCACUCAAGGUGUCUCCUUCUCCUAGUACUCCAGUUUCACCAGUUUGGUCACCUUCAGCUGCAGCUUCCAACAAGCCUCCUUCUUUCCCAGCACCAGCCUCACCUCAGACAGCGUAUCCUGCAGCACCCAAAUCUCCACAGUAUCCUCAUUCUCCUGUCCAUCCCCCAAGCACUCUCAACCUUGCUGGUCCUUUCAAAGGGCCUCAGGCCAGCCUGGCGAGUCCAAACCUUGCCCCCAAGGCAACACCAGUCACCCCAAGUGCUGGAGAAACAAAGCCUCCUUUUGAGAUGCCACCAGCUAUGAGUGGGAAAGGAGCACAGCUGUUUGCCAGGAGGCAUUCCCGAAUGGAGAAGUAUGUGGUGGAUUCAGAGACUGUGCAGGCAAACAUGGCACGAGCCGCAUCUCCAACUCCAUCUUUACCAGCUUCUUGGAAAUAUUCAUCUAAUGUCCGAGCACCUCCACCCGUCGCUUAUAAUCCCAUCCACUGCCCUUCUUACCCUCCUGCUGCUACCAAGCCUUCCUCUAAGGCCCCUGCUGCUACCAAAAACACAAAAAGAAAACCUAAGAAAGGUCUCAAUGCUUUGGAUAUUAUGAAACACCAACCUUAUCAACUCGAUCCAUCUUUAUUUACUUUCCAACCUCCUAAGGAAAGCCUUGCCAUGAAGCAGACAUUGAAGCUGUCCACUUCAAAGCAAGCACUGCCUUUACCUACCUACCUUCCACCUGGUGCUGGCUCUCCUACAAGGGCCCGGCCCUCUUCGGUGUACUCCGUGCCAGCCUACGGGUCCCAACCUUCGUUCCCGUCCAACGCCUCUCUCCCAGGGAAUGAAUCAUAUUCACCCACAGGCUACUCCGCAUUUUCUAAGCCAGAAACCACCACAUCCUCUUUGUUUACUGCUCCGAGGCCAAAAUUUUCAGCCAAGAAAGCUGGCGUCACUGCACAGGAUCCUUUUCCAGAUUUGCUAGCUUUAAAAUUCCAAACCCUUUGGUUCUAAAAAGGUUCCCUCUUCCAGUCUUGCCUUUUAAAAUGAUGCAACUUUCUGUACCUGAAGUCAAACAGCUGGGAUUCCACUGAUUGCUUUGGUGGUUUGGCACAGCAAGUGCAAAUCUUAAUUAUACAGCUUGGCAUAAUGGUAUUUUAUAAUGGCUCUGCUCAGCUUGGAAUGGAAACACUAUACGAAGAAGAAACUUGACAAGAUCUUCAAAACCCUGUGGAUUCAGAAGCUCUGAAUGAACUCACUGCUGGUAGAUAUCUUGGGAAAAUAUGUGAGCCUGGUAAUUUCAUGGCAGUCUUGGUGCCCCCAUCACAACUUCACAGUACCCAGUACAACAACAGGUCUUCUUUUACAGUAGACAUUACUUUUGCAUGCCAUUACAUAAAGGAGAAGUUGGGAUCACUCAAGAGUUAUGUUUGACAAGUGGUUUUCAGGCUGGUUGCUUACUAAAGGAAGCCCUUCAGGUUUUCAUUAAAUGAUUUAAAAAGUAGAAAAAAUCCUGAAACUCUGUGUUGAAAUGAUCUCCACAGAUGCAGACUUGAACUCUUCCUUUACAAGCUAAGACAAACCAUAUGACAGUAAUCCCACGGGUUUAAUAUUUGCUUCCUUAAGUAAGGCAGGCAAAGACUUUUUUGUGUGCUGAUCAAGUCUCCAGUUAUACUCUACAGCACUUAAAGGAAAAACCUAUUCCUCAUUGCUGUGAUCUUUACAAACUUUUUAAUUGCAGUGCAUGUGAAACCUGCACAAACAUCUGUGUUAAUAUAAUAACUGCACACUCCUUUAGGCUGAGAAAACUCAGCUAUGAGAGAAAUAACUUCCUGAACUUACAGAUUAACUAUCUGGAUGAAGGCUUCCUUUGUGGGGAAAUAAUGUAAAACCAGCAUUUUCAAACAAGAAUCCUCCUUCUUUUCUACAUUUUAAAGACAGAAAUCUUAAACCAGAAACUCCUCUCAUAACUCCAGGCAAUUCAAAGAUAAGAUGAUAUAAAAAUAACCAGGUCAUUUCUAAAUAGGUGUCAAGAUUGAACUGUUGAAGAGAUGGAGUGUUUCUCUUGAUGUUUCCAUCUAGAUCCAAAACAGGAGAUUGUAAUGGUUGUAAGAAACAUACAACAAACAGAAGAAAAGGAGGAACAUUACAGAAGUAAAAUACAUUCCCAAUCACGGGAGCACGUUGGAUUACAAAGGGUGACAUGGAGCACAACAUUCAGUUUCAGUGUGAGCUUUAACUGAUUGAGAAGCAAAGAAUUCAGCACAUUUAUAUUAAAAGCAGAAGUUUUCAUAUAGUAAAAACCUAUGGACAAAUAUUUUCAGUUUUUUAAAAGGAUUCUUUUUUCCCCAAAACCCUUAAAUAACUGUUAGUGAUUUUUGGCUUUGAUUUGUGAGAAUGCUACUUCUCACAGCCCCUCUAUGCGGGUUGUUGUUGGUACAUGGCUCUAUACUGCAAACAAAAGCAAAAUAUCUGGCAUCUGGGUACACUUGGUUUUCUUCCUAGAGUACUGAAGUGGAACUGAUGCAAGCACCUGACACUGUUCAUAUAGAAUUAUGAGAAAAGCAAUAUUAAACACUGCUGUUUGGAUUGCAAAGCGAGGCACUGGGAAUUCUUGUUGCUUGUGUCAGCUUAAUCCAACCUCCUUGGUUUGUGUGGCCAGAACAUCUGCAAUCAUAUCAUGUCUAGCUCUUUUUGCUGUAGGACUCUAACCAGGAGUUCCCAUCUGACAGACAGCUCUUUGCUGCUUUGUUUUGACAUCAUUCCGUGCUCAGCACCAUUCCUUACUCAAUGCACACUCUUCAAAGGGUACCCUUCAUACUGAAUUAUUUUCUUACAGAUUUUUGCUGUUAGCACCCAAAUCAUUCAGAAGCCAGGGUCCAUCUUUACACUGUUGCAUUCUACAAAUGAGUAAAUAAUGCAUGGAUUGAGCAGCACUGACACCAGGGCACUCUGUGGCCCUGAGUGUCCAGUUCAAAGCACUUCAAGGCAUCUCCAGACCCCGGCAGCACAUGCAGCAGUUACUCUGCCAAUGUGAUCCUGAACAUCCCUCUGUGAGUGUUACAGCUGGCAGAUGCCAGGUGGAAUUCCAGAAAGGGAGUCCUUAGUGACAAGCAAUGAAUUCCAACCCACAAAACCACCUUUUUUUACAAUAUACUCCUGUGUUAGAGAACCCUAAUAUUUCCUAAAUGAAUCCCUGAAAUGGCACUAGUGGGGCAGAAACUCUGAAAUUUAAUCAAAAUGCAUCAGCAUUGGGCAAUGGUGCUUUAAUUUCAGAGCUUUGGAACAGCUGACCUUCCAACUUCAGUAGCAUUGCUUCGAGGCUGCUUUUUAAAAACCAAAAUAAACCCUGGAAUACUAUCAUGGAGCACACUGUAACAGGAGGUUUGAACCACCAGAUACUUGUAGGAAUGAACGAAUAAAAGCCUCCUACCUCACAGGAUGUGGGGCUGGAACAGGCUGUGCUCCUGUUGAGCCUGCAUAAAGCUCUCAGCGUGAAUGUUCACACACAGGGACAUUUACACUGAAAUACAGUACACUUCAGACACAAAGAUUUGUGUCAAACCAGUUCUAAAACAGGCACUGGUACCACGUCUCAAGGUAGAAAGGUCAGAAAAUAGGGUCAGCCCCUGAUAGCACUGGUAGCCAUGUAGUAUAAAAUCCAGAAGGUGGCAGCAAAUAUUCUUCCUUACAAGAAAUAAACAGUUUAUUCCAAGGAAAUCAGUUUAUUCCAAAGGUGCCUAGGACCAAAAGUUUCAGACAUUUACUUUCUGUAGGCAUAAAUGUACUGUAUUUAGAGAACUGCAUAUGGAUAAAAAUUAAAUGAUAAUGAAAAGCUGAUUUUCUUUCAUUUGCACAAGUGCAAAGUGAGCUAACUAAAUAAUUUAUUUCAAGUCAGCAACAGUCUUUUGGUUUUUUAAGCACACAGGCAUUUUGCAGUAGUGAAGAACUAAUUCUAAUAAUUCACUUUCCUCUUCUACCAAUAAUUGACAACGAAAAAGGACUUUAUUUUCAAAAGCAACAUUUUUCAUAAAUUUUGUCACAAAUCUUUGGUGAGUUGCCACAAAACUUAUGUGAGGGGGCUGGCAGUAACUGCUUCCUUAUUUUAUACACAAGUUAUGAAAACAAGCAUGUUCUCGCCUCAAAUAACACCACAUUUAGAAACAAUGUGAAUUUAGAAUAAAUUAGAUUCCAGUCCUAAAAUUCCCUAUAAAUUUUCAGAAUCAAGCCCUGACAAGACAGCUUUGAGGAAGACAGGAUUAGGCCUGAACUAUGUGAUUCUAAUCUAUUCCUGGUCUCAGAACAGCCACUGACAAGGUUUUAGUUGUUAGACAGGUGAGAUUCCCUCCCUCCCCAGCCAUUAGCCAAAUUUCUUCAUUCCCAUUUUAGUGUACUGUAAAAUAUUUCAAGAGUUUCAAAUAAAAAAUAUUUUCCCAUUUUAUUUCAAAACUUUUGGUAGCUGUAUUGUAAAAUAGCUGUAGCAUUGACUGCAAAGCUGGCAGCAUUUCAGAGAGAAAUUAUUUUUUCAUUACAUAAAAUUUAAAUAAUAAAUGGUUAGGGACAGAAAAAAAAAAACCCAAACUGUAAUAAUAUUAACAAUAUGUCUCCCUUCCAUACUCAGCUCAGUUAAAAAAGCUGAACUGCUUCUUUCAUGUUAAAAAAAAUUGAAAGAAUUGAAAGGCAUAAAAAUUCAGCAUUAUUUAUUUUGUCCUAGCAUUUUCUCGGUGGUUUGGUCUCUAACUGGAGUGGCCAUUACAAGCCCAUAGAAGGCCAAAGAAGAAAUGCAUCACUCUGGGCUUUUUAUAAAGACAGAGUCAUUUUUUGAGAUAAAACAACUGUUUUAUCUGCUUCCUCCUCCUUUGUCUCCUUUCUGUGUAAACAGCAUCCAGGCACUAUUGUUAACUCAGAUUUUAAUGUGCUUUGAUAUGGGAUUAAGAACCAGGACCAUAAUGAAAAGACAAAAAUAAAAUUGCUUUAAUGACUUAGACACGAAGGUCCGGUUUUUUCAAGUGACUUCAUUAGGGAGGAGUUUGUGUGGAGAGAGUUUCACUGGACUAUGCAGAGCCCAACUCACUUUUGUCUCUUUGACUGGUAAAAAGGCAGUUGUGGCACACACACACACACACACACACAGCUGCUGGGAAAUCAUUUAACUAAGUAGUAUUACACAUUCUUAUAUAGUCUGGAAAAGGAAAAAGGCCUUUCUGACUCUUGCCGUUAAAAUUUGCACUGUUUUAUGAACCUAAGUAUUGUUCUUUUUGUCUUGCAGCUUUUCAUAAUUAACAAGAAAAUUGAAAUAGCUGUAAGUUCCAAAUAACGCAUUUUUCCUGACUAUUGGUUGAGAUAUUGUUGAAUCAAAGGCAGACAGUCACACUUAUUCAUCUUACAUUGACUAGAUCUGUAUAUGCAUACACCUCAGUACUGCUUUGACAUUCACUUGCUUAUAUGCAAAAAGAGUUACUUUUGGAAGUAAUAUGAUAUACAUUUUAGUUUAUAUUAACACACCUUAUAAAUAUCAGAGAUUCUUGCAGUGUCACGAAUGUUUGCUUCGGUGAGCAGUUUAUAACUAGUUUUUUGUCAAAAUCAGUGUUAAUCUAAAACUAACCUAAGCAGUUUAAUCUGUUUGCACAGACACCCAAGGCACUCAGCAGCUGACAGGAUUCUUUGAUUGCAAAGGACAGCUCUAAAUGGCCCUUCCUCUUCUUUACAUUUAGGAAUCACUUUCCCUUCAAUAACUAUUGUAGAAAAGGUUUUUUCCUCUGAAAACAUCCAGGAACUAGAAAAGAAUAAAUUAAUCAAUGUAGGGAGUUCUAGUUUGUCUCGCUGCACAAUAAUUCAAUAUUCUAAUAACUGUUUUACCAAAAUAUUAUAGGAAUAUAAAAUGUGAUAAAGUAAUAAUUCUGGUAGCAUUUCACUUUUCUCUCCUUCCUUGAUUUCUGAGGUUAAGAAUGGAAAAUCUCUACCCCUCUUUUUAUGAUUUUCUUAUAGCUUAAGGGAGAAAGAGGAGAGAGUAAUUAUUCUCUAGUUACACUUCAUGUUUUCCAUUGUGUCUGGGGUUUGUGCAUUGUUUCUGGUACAUGCUUGUCAACAGAGGUAGCUCCAAGAUUUAAAUAUAAAGGGGAAAUAUUAGAAAGUAUUAGCAUGUCUGGCUGCUGCUGUCCAGCAGACAAAUGAUGAAUUCUAGUGAUUGGAAGUUGCCUUAAUUCCAGAAUUUGUUAGCUUGAAGGGGCUGAAUAUCGAAGUAGUGUGUUAGUUAGUGGGGAUCUUUUUCCUCAAAUUCCUUCAGGCCCUUAUGGAAUUGGCAAGGUUCCUCUCUUCCCAUGUACUUCAGCCUUCUUCCAGGUAAAAUAUCUGGAAUGCUAUUUAACCUCACAGGUUUUGUCCUCUCACAAUCCAAGAAGAUAAAUAUUAGUUAAACCCCCACACUGUUCAGUCCUUACUUCAAGGAAGCAGAGACUAUCCUUACUUUACCAAAGCUAGAGGAAACAGAUGUACAUUUUCAUAUUUUGGAAUUUCAGAGUUAACACCCAGCCUAAAGUCUUUAGUCUAAAUAAAAGUCUCUAGAGCUUUUUUCCUAAAGACAAGCUAUCAAGUGGGAAAUGGAAGCCCAGACCAGGACUUCUACAUAAAUAAUACAAUAUAAUGAUUCAUUUUGAUAAAAAGUAGUGAAACACACUUAAUAACUCACCAUUCUCUGAUUAAACUCUGUCAAAGAAAAUUAGUUCCUGCUUUAUAACUUAUGGUUACACCAACAAGAUACUUCCAUAACUUGAUGAACUCUGGAGUUUUUCUCUGAACAGGACAGACUAAACAAUAUCUUCAUCUAAAGGUCUUGAAAAGCCAGAUAUUUUAUCCAACACUUGCCUAAACAGCAUCAUUUCCUUCUUAUCUCUGAAACCCUACAAAGCACACACAGGCCUUGGAACUGGACUUUCCAUUGAAAAAGGGGAACUUUUCUGUUCUAGAACCCUACUGAGAGGAGCUGACACAAGUAGACUAAUGAAAUGGGCCUGUUUGAUCAACUUCUUCAUCCCUCUCUACAACCUCAUCUUCUCAAUUGCUUUAUAUUUUUAAUUGCCACCUAAUUUCUUGUGGUUUGGGUUAUCUGAUUAAUUUCUAACAUGGGGGGUGUGGGUGAGAUUAAUAAUGUUGAGGAGUUUUCACUCUGGAUAUGCAAACUGGAAAUAGCUGAUCAUAGCUAAAAGGUGACAGGACAGUCCUGUCAUAAAGCAUCAGUUGUGAAACUUGUCAAAACUCUCAUGACAUAACCUCUAAGUGUCACUACACUUUUUAAAAGAGAUUCAGCCUAAGUAUAACCCAACUGACUGAAAAUCAUGAAAUCUGAAGUCUCUCCCUCAGUUUCCAUCUCUCAUACAGAAGGCUGAUAUUACAACAUGAUUUAAAACCUGAAGCAGUGGUCGUUCAAGUUUUUAAGUGCAGUAAAGUCCUGUGGCAGAAAAAAUUAAAAUGUGACAUUUCUAUGUGAAUCUUUGCUAGAUCAGCUAUACCUUGAAUGACCACACACCUGACUGGCUGUUCUCUAGUUCAUGCUCACAGCAUUUUAAGUUUGGGAAGCUCAUUAGGAAAAGUAACACAGGGCAAUAUUGUUCAGAGUAUAUUCUAGCAAAGUCUCUGGCAAAAAGAGCCAGGAAUUUCACAGCAGAUUUCAGAAUUGAAGUAAUUUAAGCCUGAGGACAUGAAUCAAUGAGUGUGAAUCUGUGAGUUUAGGAACCACAUUUGUAGAAACUGUAAGAACAAGGUAAUUUGUGUGACACAGAGAGCAGGUCUGGCUUGGGGACAAGCUGUACCUGCUUCGUGUGCUGCCAAAUGGCUGCUGCAGCAGAACCUUCUCACGAACACAGUUUCUGUUUCAAAGUGCUGCAUUACUAAGAAGAUUAGGAUUUGUCAAAAAUGAAUGGAUUGCUCCUAUAAGUGGGUCGGAAUGUACUGAAAUUCCGAGGGCAUUGCCUUUUAAAGAAGCCAAAAGUAGCGUCAUGUAAGGGUAUUAAGUGAAUGAUUGCAUUAACGCCUUUAAUUGCUUGUGUUCACUUCUGUGCCCCAAAAAGUGAAAACUAGGAUAAGUCUAAUAAUUUUCGAGUAAGAAAAGCCUUUCUUAGAAGGAGAUUGCCAAAGAUAUGUUGUCGGACAGACGUCCUAGUCAGAGCCUGUUAUCAAAUAAAUUAGGCUGUGCCUAAUGUUAGAAAGAAUCUUGUAAAUACACACAGAACUGUCACAACAUGACUCCCUUCUGCAUUAAGAAUGGUCUUUUCAGAGCAAGGCACACCAGUUAAGUAGUGGAAAAGUUGCACAGUUGCUAAUGCCACUGUACUUUUUUAGUAAAAGCCCGUCCUUUGUCUGCUUACUUUCCUCAAAAAUUCAAUUUGCUGUGUCUUUGUUCCUGUUUCUUUCUCUGCCUCCUGUCUUUCCAGUCAAUUAAAGUUCUAAAAGAUACCCAUAGACAUAGAAAUGGACUGCCUGGAUGUCACGUGCCUUCAGUGCCUUUUGUUCCAGCUUGGAAAUGAAGAGAAGGGGC